AUGCCAGGCCUGCUUGCAGAGGGAGGGGAAGCGAUUGUGACAACACAGGAUGAGAACCAGCAAGAGCAAUUCCAGUCUAACAGCCCCGCCGAUGGUGUCGCCGGGUUGGGCCGCUGUUCAAAUGAACCCACUGCCCCUCCCUGGGGCUGCCUGAAUGAAGCCUCUGCGCUGCGUCUUCCACCCCCAACCGGCCAUUUCGCAGCCCCUCAAGCCCACCCCACGGCGGAGGCCGGGGCCGGGUGUUUGCGCAGGGACGCGCUGUUCCAGCCUGGUGCCAAUCUGGCGCCUCGGCUGGGUGACUUGGGGCUGAUGUCACCUUCCCAGGCGGGGGCCGGGGCUCCGCUGCCGCGGGGCAUUUGGGUGGCCUUUGGACAGAGUGGCGGCACGGAGAGGCCCCCGCGGCCCAUCCGGAGGAUUGCCGCCUGGCCACCUGUCUGCCAUCAGGGCCUGCGGGGAAACCCUUUCCUGCCGUCAGAGGGGCUGGAGAUCCAGAAGGAGGAAGAUCUGCAGUCGGUAUGUGAAGUGGCUGCCCAUGUGUUCAGUGAUGGAGUAACAAACUGGGGUCGAGUGGUGACGCUCAUCUCGUUUGGUGCCUUUGUUGCGAAACACCUGAAAAGCAUAAACCAGGAGAAGUGCAUCAGCUCGCUGGCAGGGAUCAUCACGGAUGCGCUUGUCUCAUCUAAGCGCGAGUGGCUAAUGAGCCAGGGAGGCUGGGAGGGCUUUGUUGACUUCUUUCGAGUCGAGGACCUAGAAGGCAGCAUCAGAAAUGUACUGAUGGCGUUUGCAGGCGUGGCUGGACUGGGAGCAAGCUUGGCCUACAUGAUCCGGUGAGCCAGGGUAUGCUGCAGAGGGACAAAACUCUGGGUGGACCAGCUCUGUUUGGGGCUGGUGAGCUGAUCACUUCCUCCUGUGAGUACUUAUGAAGCUGGACUUGAGCGACCCAAGGAGAAUAUCUAGGCAUCUCCUUGAGCAAUCCUUUCCUAAGAAGGAAGGUGUGAUCCGGUCAGAUUGUGGGUACCAAUGAGGAUUGAUUGCUUUGGGAACAGAAAGUGGAAGAAUUUUAUUUUCUGCUUCCUUCAAGAGGAUGAUGACAGAAAGCUCAAGUGGACUGCUUCAGUUUUAUCCCGGAGGGAACCGAUCUGCUUAGCAGCAAGCCAGUGAGCACCAGCAGCUCUUGUCUGGACUGAAGCCUCCUGGGCUUGGCACAGCAGCUGUGUGUGGAGCAGAUGUUUUAGGGUUGUGGUUGUGGGUUUCUGGAAAUAGCAUCUUCUGCUGCUGGUGUCCUGCCUAAACUUGUGGCUUUUCUGUUGGAGCAGAAGCAUUGAAUGCCGGGUGUUGUGCGAGCCUGCGCCUGCCCCCAGGUGUGCUGGUGAGCAGGCCUUCAGUUGCUGCCGGCUCUGCACGCAUCCGCCCUCCGGAAGUGGUAGAGCUGCGCCAGCAGCCAAGACGUGCCACCCGCCGCCAGAACAUGGGGGGG